CUACAACACCUGAACGCAGGGGAAUGCUGGGAUUGCAGUCGAUAGUUGUAUAUAUACUGGAUGCCGUCGCCGGCUCACAGCACAACGCCCUGCAGUACAGCGUUGCGGAAAGGGACACACGGGAUCCUCCACCAUGCACGGAAAGGUUCUGGCCAUCGCCGUCUGCCUGCUCGGCUGUGCCGUUCAAGGACAGGCCUAUUUUAACCUGGGAUGGGGAGGCUCUAGUGGCUUGCUAGGUGGUGGCUAUGGAGGUCUUCUGGGAGGAUACGGUGGACUUGGCGGUCUCUAUGGCCUCGGUGGAGGAUUCGGUGGAGGAUUCGGUGGACUUGGCGGUCUUUAUGGCCUCGGUGGAGGAUACGGUGGAUAUGGCGGUCUUUAUGGCCUCGGUGGAGGCUUCGGUGGACUCGGUGGACUUGGUGGGCUCUAUGGGGGUUCCUAUGGCCUGUCCGGACUCGGAGGCCUCUCAGGCCUCUACGGAGGUUAUGGUGGAUUGAGUGGUCUUUCUGGUCUCUACGGUGGUUACUCUGGACUUGGAGGCCUGUCAGGACUUCUUGGCGGAUACUCUGGCUUGGGUGGCUUGUACGGCGGUCUCGGAGGCGUACGUGUGCUCGGUGGUAGCUUCGGAUACCCUAGUUUCCUAGGCGGCUAUUCUGGCCUUAGUGGUCUCUCAGGAUUGUAUGGAGGUUACUCAGGACUCGGAGGCCUUUCAGGCUUCCUGGGAGGUUACCCUAGCUUCUCUGGUCUGUACGGCAGCCCUCUGAGCUCAUUCGGUUAUGGUUCCCUUGGAGGCUUCGGUUCCUACGGUAGCUCCUUUGGAUUCCCCGGAUAUGGUGGAUGGGGCAGUUACCGUCCAUUCGGAUAUUACGGCUCAUUCGGUCCUUCUUUCUACGGAGGCUUCGGACCUAGCUUCGGAGGCUUCGGAGGCUUUGGGACCUUUGGAACUGGAACUACAUCUGUUGUAGGCCCAAGCACAAGUGUUGUUUCUACACCAUCUGUUACUGGAGUUGUCGGAAAAGCUACCGCACCAAACGUCGGCCUCGUCACACCCCCUGGCUUGGCUGCCCUCCCCAGCGUCACUGUGACUGGCUCAAAAGGACUCAAGACCGUAGGGUAAAUGCUGUUCAAGUGCCCGACAUAUUGUCAACAACACAUCAAUCACAUUCAUAGUUGAUGAACCACCCUACAAAAUAAAUAAUAAAGAAGCGAAGAAACACCGGCUGUAAAAAAGUACCAAGACUGAUAACUAAUUUUUCGAAAAUAAAACGAAAAAAAGUUUAAUUGUGA